GGACCGUGGAUGCUAGAAAGAGUAACACAGUCGUAACAAGUGGCACAGCUGUAUAACCAGGCGCAAAUGGCGGGAGUUAUCGGCUCAGUUGGCCCCUUUGACCAAACCGUGGAGCAGUGGAGCUCGUAUACGGAGCGUUUUGGCUAUUUUGUGGAGGCUAACGGCAUCGAGGCUGAAAAAGUAGUGCCGACAUUUUUGAGUGUAAUGGGACCAAAGACAUUUAACGUGCUUCGCAACUUGCUGCAACCAGCUAAACCUGGUAGCAAGACGUACAAAGAGAUCGUGGACACUCUCACUAUGUACUUUUCACCCAAGCCCCUUGUCAUCGCGGAGAGAUUCCGGUUUCACAGAAGAAAUCAGGAGGAAGGGGAGUCUGUCACCAUGUUCGUAGCUGCUUUGAGGAAACUAGCUGAACAUUGUGAGUUUGGUGAUGUGUUGAAUGACACGUUAAGAGACAGACUGGUGUGUGGAUUAAGAAAUGAGGCAGCACAGAAAAAGUUGCUAACCGAAAGUGACUUAACACUUCAGAAGGCUAUUGAUAUCAGUGUGGCGAUGGAAAUGGCAUCUAAGGAAGCUCAACAACUUAACAUAACGGGUAGAGUGCACAAAAUUGCAAACAACCAAAGCAAUACUCAGGGCCCAUGUUUUAGGUGUGGUAAACCAGGUCACAUUGCUUCUGCUUGCUGGUGCAAAGAAAUGGACUGUCGUCAGUGUGGGAAGAGAGGACAUGUAGAGCGUGCCUGUCGAAAUAAAAAAGGCACAGACAAAGCAAAGAAAAAGGAUAAAAGAGACUAUGACAAAUUCAAAAAGAAAAAACAUGUAAAUGCAUUAGAAUAUAGCCAAAGCUCUUCCUCUGAAGAAAACAGCAUAGUGAACACAGUACAUGUAAUGAGUAUGGAUGAAAGUGCAGAUUGCUACUGGGCCAAACCUAAGUUGGAGGGUCAUCCAGUCAAAAUGCAGAUAGACACAGGGUCAAAGGCAUCACUUGUGUCAUAUAAUGUUUACAAGCAGUGUAUGAGUCACCUUCCCUUACGCCCAUCUGACACAGUGUUCAAAGCAUACACUGGGCACAAGGUGCACAUGAAAGGAAUGACCGAUAUUAUUGUCCGGUGUAAUAACCAAACGGCCAAACUGCCAGUAUAUGUCACCAAGGGAAACUUUGCUCCCAUUAUGGGACGUGUGUGGUUGAAAACACUACGCCUUGACUGGCAAGAAAUUCGCUGGCUUUCUAAAGGAUCUUCACAACUGCAAGCCAUCCUAGACAAAAAUGAGGAGGUUUUUCGUGACGAAUUAGGCAGCAUGAAAGAAAUCAUUGUGAAACUUCACAUCAAACCAGGAAGCAAACCUGUGUUCAUGAAAGCCAGAACAGUGCCUUAUGCGAUACGUGAUAAAGUUGAAGCAGAUCUGGACUCUUUAGUUAAAAGUGGAGUCUUGGAGCCUGUCACAACCAGUGAGUGGGCCACCCCAAUCGUGCCAGUUCCCAAAAAGAAUGGAGGAAUACGAACAUGUGGAGACUUUAAAGUGACUGUAAACCCAUUGCUCAGUGUAGAGCAAUAUCCACUGCCUUUAAUUGAAGAUUUGUUUGCAGGUCUGAGCGGAGGUCAAAAGUUCAGUAAAAUUGACCUUAACCAGGCUUAUCUGCAAAUGCGUGUGGAUGAACAAUCACGUGAGUUGCUAACGAUUAAUACGCACAAAGGACUUUUCAGGUAUUGCAGAUUACCUUUUGGCAUCACAUCGGCCCCGGCUCUGUUUCAGCGGGCCAUGGAUCAGAUCUUGAGUGGAUUGCAAGGAGUACAGUGCUAUUUGGACGAUAUUCUCUGCACGGGUGCAAACGACGAAGAGCAUCUUCGCAACCUGGAUGCUACACUGCAGAGGCUACAACAGUAUGGACUCAGAGUUCGCAAGGAGAAGUGUGAGUUCUUGAGACCAUCUGUGGAGUACCUAGGUCACGUUAUUGAUGAAAAAGGCCUACACACAGCUCCUUCAAAGAUAGCGGCUAUUGUAGAUGCACCCUCUCCUGAAAAUGUGAGUCAGUUGAGAUCUUUUCUAGGCCUCUUGAACUACUAUGGACGGUUUAUACCUAACCUUGCUUCACUGUUAAAGCCGUUACAUGAACUGUUAUGUCAUGACAAGAAAUGGAGAUGGACGAAUGACUGUGAAAAAGCUUUUCAGGAUGCAAAGGAGGCACUUACCAGUUCAGAGGUUCUGACACACUUCAAUCCCUCACUUCCAAUCCAGCUGGCCUGUGACGCGUCACCCUAUGGAGUGGGUGCCGUCAUCUCUCACACAUUUCCAAAUGGUGAGGAAAAACCAAUUGCAUUUGCUUCUAGGACAUUGAACAAGGCAGAGUCCAACUAUGCUCAGUUGGAACGUGAGGCACUGAGCAUCAUUUUUGGAGUGAGGAAAUUCCAUCAAUAUUUGUAUGGAAGGAAGUUUACCCUUUUAACAGAUCACAGACCCCUGACAACGAUCUUGGGACCGCACACUGGAAUACCAUCGCUUGCAGCUUCACGUCUUCAAAGGUGGGCUUUGUUGUUGUCAGCUCACUCGUAUGACAUAAAGUAUCGCAAAUCUGAUUCUCAUUGCAACGCAGAUGGACUUUCCAGGUUACCACUCCCUGUUACCAAACAUGAAUCUAACACAGUGGACAUUUUCUAUUUCAAAAAUGUGGAAAGGGCACCAGUUUCAGCUGCCCAAGUGAAAAAGGCGACCAGAAAUGACCCUGACCUGUCAGUAGUCAUGGACAUGGUAAUUAAAGGACAAUCGAAAGUUGAUAGCUCUGCUCUCAAACCUUUUAUUGAUAGAAGGUGGGAGCUUUCUGUCCAGUCAGGUUGUCUGCUGUGGGGAAGGCGGGUUAUCAUUCCACAGUCACUGCGUGCUAAAAUGUUAGAGCAGCUGCAUGCAGGUCACAGUGGGAUAGUGAAAAUGAAGGAAAUGGCUAGGAGCUAUUUUUGGUGGCCAGGAUUAGACAAACAAAUAGAAAACAUGGCCAAAAGUUGUUCAUCUUGUCAAAAGACUCGUAACAACCCACCUGCAGCUCCUCUACAUCCAUGGGACUUUCCACAGGACCCUUGGUACCGCAUUCACAUAGACUUUGCAGGUCCAUUUGAGGACCGAAUGUUCCUGAUCGCUGUCGAUGCUCACAGCAAGUGGCCAGAGGUAGCUAUCAUGAAAUCUACUACAUCAGAAAAGACUGUUGAGGAACUUGGAGAGAUGUUUAGCCGUUUUGGGGCUCCUGUUCAGCUCAUCUCAGAUAACGGUCCCCAACUCGUGUCAAAAGAAAUGUCUGAUUUUCUACAAGCAAAUGGAGUUCAACACAUUAAGUCAGCCCCAUACCACCCUGCAACAAACGGGUUAGCAGAGAGGUUUGUGCAGACUCUCAAACAUGCACUGAAAGCCUCACAAGGACAAGGCACUCUGCACCAAAGGCUGCAUGAGUUUCUUCUCAAGUACCGCACCUCUUCACACUCAACCACCAAGGCAUCUCCUGCAAGCCUCAUGUUCAACAGAGAACUUCGAACGAGCUUGGACCUUCUCAAACCUCCAACAGUAAAAGACAUUGUUCAGGCAGACCAACGAAAACAAGUAAAGUACAGAGACAUUCAUGCGAAAGAUCGAGUGUUUGUACCUGGAGAUUCAGUGCUGGCUAGAAACUAUCAGAGUAAGGUAAAGUGGGCUCCUGCCACUGUCAUUGCCCAAACUGGCCCUGUCUCCUACACUGUCCAGACAGCUGAUGGAGUUUGGCGCCGCCAUGUGGACCAACUUUUAAAAACACCUAACACUACUCAAGAACUGUCUGUUGAUUCUAAAAAAAAUGCUAAUGUAUUUGUACCUGAACCAUGCUACUUACCUGUAGAAAUGUCAAAACCAGUCAGUCCUACUGUAGAUGUUUCUCUUUCAGACAAAGUAGAAAAACAAAGUGUCACAUCUGUACCAGAGCCUAGUCCAACCAAUGAAAAAGUUGAUGUGUCUGUAGAGCGUCGCUAUCCUUACCACGGGCGACCAGUGUGCGGCAGCAACACGCCACGCGGCCACAGCGAGUAG